AUCUCCCAAUUCCCCUCAAACACACCGACGGCCGCGCGCAGAUACGUGACGACCUCGGCCACCUGCCCCGGCGACCGCCCCCGGCGAGGAAGAAGACGCCCCGUCGAUCGAUGGUUCGCUGCCAGCUGCUCCGCGCAUGGACUCCUCCGGCUCCUCCGACGCUUUCGAGUCGAGAAGCUCGCUGACGCUGGGGGAGCUCGCGUGCAUGGCAUUGUUCCCGCUGCUCGCCGUGGUGGACGCGGUCGCGCUCGCGGCCGCGCGCUGCUUCCACCAGCGCCCGCCGCCGAUGCUGUCCUUCGUCGGCGCCCACGCGCGCCAGCGUGCCCGAACCAGCGGCCGCCUCACCUUCCGCGAGCUCGCCGACCUCGCCCACGAGUCCCGCUGCUUCUCGGUGAACGAGGUGGAAGCGCUGUACGAGCUGUACAAGAAAAUCAGCUGCUCCAUCAUCAACGACGGACUCAUCCAUAAGGAGGAGCUGCAGUUAGCAUUGUUCAUGACACCAUCAGGGAAGAAUCUUUUCUUAGAUAGGGUUUUUGAUCUUUUUGACGAAAAGAAAAAUGCCGUUAUUGAAUUCGAAGAGUUUAUCCACUCAAUAAGCGUGUUUCAUCCAAAUACUCCAAUGGAAGAUAAAAUUAAUUUUUCAUUCAGAUUGUAUGAUUUGAGGCAAACAGGUUUCAUUGAGCGUGAAGAGGUAAAGCAAAUGGUUGUUGCUACUUUAAUGGAGUCACAGGUUGAGCUGUCUGACGAGAUUGUGGAAGCAAUACUAGACAAGACAUUUGAGGAUGCUGAUACUGACAAGGACAACAGGAUAAGCAAACAGGAGUGGAGGGCUUUUGUGUUGCAGCAUCCAUCUGUUAUAAAGAAGAUGACACUGCCUUACCUCAAGGACACUACAUCCACGUUCCCCAGUUUCGUUUUCAACACACAGGUUGAAGACUAAUUCAACUGCUCAGUCAACUUUCAAAUGCAAAAGGCUGCUUUGUCCGAACAGAAGACGUGGAUUCUCCAGGUCUAUGAAAUACGUGCUGCUCUCAGAAGAAACAUCGGGGAUACUACAAGUAAAUAGAGUUGUGCCCACCUGUUGCUACUGCAGUUCGAAGAGUUCAGUAGAUUGGUACUCUAUCUGCUGCUGGAGGUUGGCAAUUUCAGUACUCGCCAUUGGUUAAGCGUCAUGUGUAGCACAUUGAUUCGUUAGAGUGCCUUCCAUUUGUAUAGACUGGGAAGCGACAAAUUAUAGAAGCAUUCUAUUGAUUAGACUGGAUAGGUAUUCUUGGGAGGUUUUUGUUAUUUGUC